AUGGAGAAUUGUAAGCCCGUAAACACACCGAUCAACACGAAUGAGAAAUUGUCAACCGAAAUGUGUCCAAAAACCGAAAACCAGAAAGAAGAAGUUUCCAACGUGCCGUAUCAGAGUUUAAUAGGAGCCCUUAUGUGGUUGGCAGUAUCAACGCGCCCUGAUAUUGCAUUUGUAGUGAGUGCCCUGAGUCAAUACAAUACAAACUUUGGAAAACAACACUGGAUUGCUGCGAAAAGGGUAUUACGUUAUCUAAAAGGUACUCAGAACUAUUGCCUGGUUUACAAACGAAGUGGCAAACCCCUUGUAGGCUACACCGAUGCUGACUGGGCCGCAAACAUUGACGAUCGCAGAUCUUUUUCAGGUUUUGCUUUUAAGUUCGCAGGUGCAGCAAUAUCCUGGGAAUGCCGGAAGCAACGGACGGUUGCAUUAUCGAGUACAGAAGCAGAGUACAUGGCUCUGUCCUACUCCUCAAAGGAAGCUGUUCAUCUCAGAAGCUUUCUACAAGAAAUUUUGGGCCAACUGAAGACGACCAUCAUCUACAAUGACAAUCAAGGAGCUGGCCAACUUACGCGCAACCUCGUGUUCCACAAACGCACCAAGCAUGUUGACAUCCGCCACCAUUUCAUCCGAGAGCUGGUUGACGAAGGAACUAUUUCAGUAAACUACAUUCCAACGACCGAGAUGCCAGCAGACAUAUUGACAAAGGGACUCAGCGCUUCAAAACACAAUACCUGCAAGACGGCCUUGGGUAUGCGUCUAGUCGAUCAACACCUUACUAAUUGA